AUGUAUUCCAAAUUUACCCUAAGCAUAGCAAACAAGGCCUUAAGAGUCCUGUAUGGAUAUGGAGACUUCAGUUUUAAUUUGAUAAAAUAUUCAAUAAACCAUCCAUUGGAAGACUCUGCUUCUCCUGCUUCUCCGCCUCCGACCAAGAGUCGGCAAGAUUUCGGAAAAUUGGAUUACGGAUGCGACCAUUAUCGGAGACGAUGCAAGAUUCGAGCCCCUUGCUGCGACCAGAUUUUCCCCUGCCGCCACUGCCACAACGAAGCCGCGAGCUCCCUCAGCAACCCCAAAGAUCGCCAUGAACUUGUCAGGCAGGAUGUGAAGCAAGUUGUAUGCUCCGUUUGCAAUACAGAGCAACAGGUUGCUCAGCUUUGUUCUAACUGUGGUGUCAACAUGGGAGAAUAUUAUUGCGACAUUUGCAAGUUCUAUGAUGAUGAUAUCAGCAAGCAGCAAUUUCAUUGCAAUGAGUGCGGGAUUUGUAGAGUCGGUGGUCCUGACCACUUCUUUCAUUGUCAGAAGUGUGGCUCUUGCUAUGUAGUGGAACUGCGUGGUAAUCACUUAUGUGUAGAAAACUCCAUGAAGAAUCACUGCCCUGUUUGCUAUGAGGUUUUAUCUUUUGAUUCGGUUAAAGGCACAACAAUUAUGAAGUGUGGACACACAAUGCAUUCAGAAUGCUUCAUUGAGAUGCAAAGACAAACUCAGUAACGUUGUCCCAUUUGCUCCAAGACAGUAUGCGACAUGGAUUCUAUUUGGAGAUUGUUGGAUGAUGAUAUUGAAGCCACUGCCAUGCCCGAGGAAUACCAAUAUGAGGUAUCAAUUCUUUGCAACGAUUGCAACACAACUAGCAACGCUCCCUUUCACAUUUUUGGGCUCAAGUGCAGCAACUGCGAUUCAUAUAACACCCGAAGAAUUUCAGCUGCAGAUCAUCAAUGA